GCUUUAUUCCUUGGGCUAAAUAUGCCCGGUUUUAUCAAUGGGUAAUUAGUACAGAGAUCGUACGGUAUCAAAGCAUACCGCUGUAAAUUAUUACCGUGAGCCCCGGAUUGUGGUUUAUCACAUCGAUCCGUGGUUACUAUGGCUCGAAAACGACAUGGUUGCAGCUUGUCAGUUAUACUGUGUAAACUUAGACAGCAGUUAGGACAAACAAAUAUUAUGCACAGAACUUCUUUUUUUUUGACAAAUAUUUUGUUAUUUAGAUAUCCAGCGGCACCACUAAAUAGGUUAGAAAACGACGGCGCAACUACUAUAUUUAACGGUGACUGCAAACAACUUCUCCUUUGGUGUACAGUAUCAUCCGUCGACAAUGACACACAGAACUUUAAUUCAACAGAUAUCAGUGCGUUGAAGUGGGUAUAUUACACUGUUUUGUGUAAUAAGUUUUGCUCUCUUGAUUUUGCUGAAUGGCGUGGCGUGCUGGUCUCAAAAAAUAUUGAAAAGAUUAAACAUAUACAAAGUUCCGCUUCGUCUCAAUGGAAAACGGAUAGGGCAAACAAAGAUAACCGACCGACCUUGUUUGUGAUAAUUGAUGCUGAUACACAUAAACAAGAUCCGUACAGCACAAAUUUCCGAUGGAAAGUAAUUUUCUGAGCAACGUUUCGGUAGGUUGUAUAAUAGUAGGCGUUUGAUCCACCUUUGCUCUCUCUACUUACGACGUAGUGAUGGCAUAUACAA